CCAGACGGGUUCCACCAUUACCCCUGAAAUGUUAUUAACCACAGCAGAAUCUUCAACAUUUAGUGCCUCUGAGGUAGCUGGUCGCUUACAAGUCGAUGUACGCUCCGGACUAAAAUGGACCGAAGCAAAAUAUCGCGCUAAAAUUAUUGGUCACAAUGAACUCAAUGUUAUCGAAGAAGAACCUACCUGGAAGAAAUAUGCCGAACAAUUCAAAAAUCCACUCAUUUUAUUACUAUUGGGUUCGGCGGCCGUGUCGGUAUUUAUGAAACAGUUCGAUGAUGCUGUUAGCAUAACAAUCGCCAUUAUAAUAGUGGUAACAGUAGCUUUUAUACAAGAGUAUAGAUCAGAGAAGAGUUUAGAGGAAUUAAAGAAAUUAGUACCACCCGAGUGUCAUUGUUUGAGAGAGGGAAGGCUGGAAACAUUUCUGGCACGUGAACUGGUGCCGGGAGAUGUGGUGUAUUUGAAUGUGGGUGAUCGAGUACCGGCCGAUGUAAGACUGUUCGAUGCUAUUGACUUGUCUAUAGAUGAAUCCAGUUUUACGGGUGAAACUGAACCGGCUAGAAAAUGUACGGAUUUGUUAUUGAAUAAUACAGGGAAUAAAGAUCAUACGAAUAUGAAAAAUAUAGCAUUUAUGGGUACAUUAGUGCGCUGCGGCAAUGGCAAGGGUAUUGUAGUGAGUACCGGCGAAAGAAGUGAAUUUGGUGAAGUAUUCAAAAUGAUGCAAGCCGAAGAGGCACCCAAGACACCUUUACAAAAGUCCAUGGAUAUUUUGGGAGCUCAGCUAAGUUUCUACUCUUUUCUUAUUAUUGGUGUUAUAAUGCUAUUGGGUUGGUUGCAGGGUAAACCCUUAACGGAAAUGUUUAAUAUAUCCGUUUCCCUAGCAGUGGCAGCUAUACCUGAGGGUUUACCCAUAGUGGUGACGGUAACCUUAGCCUUAGGGGUUAUGCGCAUGGCUAAACGUAAUGCUAUUGUUAAAAAACUACCCACGGUAGAGACUUUGGGUUGUGUUAAUGUUAUCUGCUCGGAUAAGACAGGUACAUUGACCAAAAAUGAAAUGACAGUGACUGUAAUCAUAACCUCCGAUGCCUAUAUGGCAGAUGUUACAGGAGCCGGCUAUAAUGAUCAGGGUGAAAUACAUAUACGCAAUUGUAAUAACAUCGAAAUGGCUAAAGCUAAUAUAACGAAUCUCUUGGAAAUUGGAGCUGUUUGUAAUAAUGCCUAUAUACAAAAUGGCACUCUGCUGGGACAACCUACCGAAGGUGCUCUCAUUGCAGCUGCCAUGAAAAAUGGCAUGUAUGCUACGGCUGAAAACUAUGUACGCAUACAGGAAUAUCCCUUCUCAUCCGAUCAGAAAAUGAUGGCCGUUAAAUGUAUACAUAAGUACAAUAACAAUAAAGAAGAAAUCUAUUUUGCUAAAGGUGCUCUAGAUUAUCUUCUGCCGCAGUGUACCAAAUAUCAAUUUGGCACACAAACUAUGCCUUUGACUAAACAAAAUGAAGCGGAAUUUUUAGCGGAAGCUUAUGAAAUCGGACGUAAAGGUUUAAGAGUUUUAGCUUUGGCUAAGGGAAAAAAUUUACAGGAUCUUAUCUAUUGCGGUUUAGUGGGCAUAACAGAUCCACCAAGACCUUUGGUAAGGGAGUCUAUAGAGCUGUUAAUGCAAAGUGGAGUGCGAGUGAAAAUGGUGACUGGAGAUGCUCAAGAGACAGCAAUGGCAAUUGGUGAGUGAAUAAAUUUAUGUAAUUAUUUUGAAAAGAGUACUUUUAAGCACUUUUUGUAAUAGUACUUUUCUGACAAAUGUUUGACUUUGUGGGGGCUUCUACAUAAAACUUCAAAUUAUCCUUUUUCCAUUCCUCCUUUUUAGGUUUCAUUCUUAUUUAUAUCUAUUUGUUCUUUCUGUUGUCCUUUGUGCUGUUUCUUUGCGAAUUGUUGCUUUUGACUUUGUAUGUAAAUUUCCGAAAAAAACGCUGCAACGAACAUGACAUGUAACUUGAUUGUUAAACAUGUUGAAAAUGUUCAAAAGUUGACAUAAACGAAAAAGUACUUUUUCAUGUACACUUUCCACAGUCAAAAAACAAAAUGUCGGUCGAGGCCGACCACUUAAUACCCUACACCUUUUAC